GUGUCGCGCGCGCGCCUGCACGGCGCGCCGCGCGGCCGCGCGCGCGGACGCGCGUGGCCGCGCCGAGGACGCGCGCGACGACCGGGAGACGUCGUGUUCUGGCAUCGCGUCGCGCGCGAGUUUUUCGACGUCGGGUUCGAGCACUGGGCGGUGUACGUCGGACGCGUCGGCGUCGCGGACGACGCGCUGGGGAUUUGGCGGUGGAUGCGGGACGGCGACGACGUCGACGCGGCGGUGGAGUGCGUGGUGCACCUGUGGGGGGCGCCCGAGGGCGGCGAGGACGAGGGAGGGGAGAGGAAUCGAGACAUGGACGCGAACGCGGCGUGCGUGCUGAGCCCGCUGGCGGACGUCGGCGAGGACCCGAGGUGCGGGAACGAGCGGUUCGACGCGACGCACGCGCCGCUGAGAAUCGGAGAGAUCGUCGAUCGGUGUCGAUUGGCGGUGGAUCAGGGGUUCUACGAGGGACGAUACGGGGCGUAUUGCGUGCGGGCGAAUAACUGCGAGCACUUCGCCACGUGGGCGCGGUACGGGGUUCGAUUCAGUCAGCAAAUCGAAGACACGGUGUCGUUGGGGGUGAACAUAGCGCGAGUCGCGGCGUCGCUGUUGGCGCGGCGAGACGUGGGGACGGAUCCGAACGCGAUGAACAUGGCGAAGCAUCUCAUCAUGGGCACGCGCGUCAAUCCCAACGACGAAGAGGAAAUCGCGGCCGCCGUCAAGGACAUGCACGGCGGCGAGUCGCCAAAGUACACCGCCGAGGAAGACGUGGCGUAUGUUCUUGACUAUAUCAUCGAUCGCGUCGACGUCGAGGUCGAAGAUCAGCUCGAGAGAGACCGUGAGAGAGUGCACGUGCCGUGGUCUUCGAGACCGGUGCCGGCGAGUCGCGAAAUCGCGACGCUUUCGUUCGGUCGCGCGCGCUCGGUUCGUCCGGGUGUGCCCGAGGAAGAAGAGUCGCUCUCCAUCACUGCUGGUCAAGUGUCGGCGUUCGCCGGUCAGGUUGGUAGAUUCGUCGGUCAAGCGUCCACGAGCGCGUUUCGCAUAUUGGGCGCCGGUUUGGAGGAAUUGGCCAGAACAAGUCAACCGCCGCCGAGCGCGGAUCCACCGAUCUCGCCGCCAGCGACGACCGCGGGCGAACGCGAAACCGAUAGCUGA